GGGGAACGUUACUUGUCAUUAUAUUGCGUCAUUGAUACAUAAAAAAUUUUGAUCUCUUAGCUAGUGGUUGAUUCUCAAAAGAUUAUAUUCAGCAGUCUCAUAUACAAUCAUGGUAUUUGUCAGUUGGGCCACUGAUGGAUUAAGGAUAUACGAAUUAGAUGAAAAUAAAGGAAUAAUUCACUUGGAACACAAACCAUCUACAACUCUGAAAUGUUUAUCCAUCGCAAAGUCAAGCAUGCGCGUGGGUUACCUUGAUCAAACUGGAGUGGUUCUUAUUAAUGCGAACGACUGUUCUACCAUUUCCACUAUUCCUGUUGAUUCAGCUUUACGCAUCCAACUAUCACCUUGUGGUAAGUUUGGAUUCAUAUACACGUCAUUCAAAAUGGACAGUGAAAAUCCAUCUGGUUUACCAAAUGUAUUUGUAUAUGAUAUGGUCAAUGGAAUAAAAUUGAAAGAAUAUAUUUUCCGACGAGGUGAUGGAUGGCAACCACAAUGGAAUUCAGACUCAUCGUUUUGCUCAAUUUUCGUCAAUGGAGAAAUUCAUAUGUAUACAAACAAUCAAUUUUCUGAAAAACCAUGUACUAAAUUAUCAUUAAAAGGUAUUCGACAUUUUUCUAUGAGUACUUCAAUUCAUCCAAAUCUUGCUGUGUAUAUACCUGGAGAAAAGAGCCUACCUUCUUUUGUCAGAGUUUAUCAAUGCCGUGAUAAUCAGCUAAUUCCUACAGCGAAUAAAUCAUUUUUUCGUGCUGAUACAGUCCGACUACUAUGGAAUGAUAAAGGAACUGAUUUACUCAUACUUACUUCAACAAAAGUAGCAUAUUUUAUUAUUAUAAAUAUUAUUUUAAAAUUUUAUUAA